AUGUCCCACUCUUCUCAGCCCGUGAUCAAGUCGGAACUGUCUCCUUCCGCCUCGGGAUCUCUAACCGAUGCCACCUCCCUCAAGCCAGCGCCCUCGCCGACUCCGCCCGUCUCGACGCCGCAAGGCUCCUACACCGACUUUGUGCUGCGUUCGUCCGCACCUGGUUCGCAAACGGGGUGGAAGUACAACGUCAUGAAGUUCGCUGCGCUCGCCAACAAGUCGGUUGACCCUUUGGACGAGAGCGAGUUCGUGAGACCGUUGAGGUUGAAUCGCAAGGAUCCGCGCACGGUGCGACGCUUGACCGAUCAGGAGAGGGAGAAGAUCAAGAACAAGUCGAUGGGCUUGUUGGAUCAGGACGGGAACCUCAUUGAUCAGGGUACUGUGGAUGGGGUCAAGAAGGAGGGUGAGGCCGCCGACGCCGAAACGGCCAAGGAAGCCAUCAACCCCGAUCUCGUAGGUACAGGCGUGACGGGUGCUCUUGCACCGCAGCAACAACGACAAAAGAAGCAUGGGGGUCGGUUCGAGAAAAAGAUCAAGCGCGUCUUUGUCAGCUCCGAGGAAUCGAGAAGGCUUCGGAGAGAAGAAUGGCAACCGUGGGUGCUCGAGGACGAUGAGGGCAACGAGAGGUGGAUCGGCCGACUCGAGGGUGGGGCGAGUGAAAGAUCGAUGGCGAUCGAACAAGAGAAGAAGAGACAAGAGUUGGAGAACAAGGGGCAGGCCACCAUGGCAGGGUGGAGGCCAGCGAGCGAAGGAUCGGCUACGGGUGGUGGGGGAUCGAGUUAUGUCGCGUUCGUCUUCGGUCCCGACGGGGACGAGUUCCAAGUCGUGCCCAUUCAUCGGUGGUACAAGUUUUCUCAGGGUCCCAAAUAUGUCACCUUGGGCAACGACGAAGCGGAAGCAGAGGUGAGGCACCACUUCACCGUGAAAGCUUGCAUCGGCAUCCUAACCGAGCAAGUUACCUGUCAUCUCUCUCUUCGCUCCCCGCACACAGUAUGAACGACAACAAAAGUCUCACGAAGCAGAACGAUGGAUGAUGCACAAGCGCAACCCGAAUCAUGCCUCGUCCUCAACAGGGCAAGGCAGCGGCCCCUCCAGUGGCGCAGCGACACCCCACCUCCCACCAGGCGACGACGGUGGUCUACCCCCUCUGUCUACGGACAUCAAACCGCGGAUCAAACGCGAAACCUCCGCGGGGCCUUCGACGAUCCGAUCUCGUCUUCUCGACAAGUCUGAGCUCUCGGGGCGUCGUGCGGGAUCGGAAGCGCGUAGUGCUGCUGCGGGUCGACCCAAGCUUCGGAGCGUUGAUACGGGUGGUCGUGCGGAGAAUGAUGAUGAUGAGCUGUACGGAAGAAAACGGGGCGACGAGGGCAGGGGACAGGAUCAAGAUGAUGAUGAGUUUGACUAUGAUGAGGAGUUUCAGGAUGAUGAGGAGGGGGUGGCGAAGAUUGAUGAUUUGGCGGAUGAGCAAGAGACCAAGGAGCUCGAGGUGCGUGGGUCUUCACUUGCUACCAGGCACACUCAUGCUCACUUCGGUAACUUGCUCCCACCUACCACAGGAGCGCAUUCGUAAAGAGAUGCGAGCCGUCGAACGAGCGGCCUCGGAGCCCGAGGAAGACGACGACGACGAAGAGCACCUGACCGCCACGGGCAAGGAUCUCAAACGUCUCGUCAGGAAGCAGGACCAAGAUGGCAUCUACGGGUCCGACGACGACGAUGAUCUCUCUUCUUCCGAUUCCUCCGUUGCAGAAGACGACGAUUCCAAAUCCGUCACUUCGGCCAGUGGGGAUCCUUCGACCCCGCGUCCCGCAUCGCAACAACAGCAGCAGAACAAACCCCGCCGUUCGACGGACUCGAUCUAUCGCACGCAUUCAUCGUCGUCUUCUCGCCCUCAUUCGACACAGACUUCUCGGCACCCUUCUCGAGCGGCUUCCCCUUCGUCCGGGUCGGCGUUAUUGGCCAAACGAGCGACUUCGCCUACGCGGUCGAACCCCGGUAGUCGAGCGACGUCACCAAACCCUUCAGGGAACGGAGCGAAUGGUAAAAGGAAGCGGGAUGACCAUGAUGGGUUCUCGAAGCGCCGUGCUCUUUCACCUUCCGCCGGUACGGCAGCAGUAGGAGGAUGGGACGCACCAUCCGACGCCUUGAUCGAAGACCGUCACUUGAUCGAUUUCUUCAAGACCAAAGCUUCGGAACCUAACAAGUCGACGACGAAGGAAGUGUUGAAUUACUUCAGGAGGCAACUCAAGGGGAAUGAGAAGAACAAGGAGAGGAUCAAGGGGGCGCUGCAUAAUGUCGCGAGUAUGCAGGAUAAGUUUUUGGUGCUCAAGGCGGGAAUGUAA